CUUGAUUUUUAACUUAGCUGAGGUUGAAGUGAAUUUAUAAAGUGGCUGGUUAGAACCUAUCUGGUGUCAUAUCGUAAUAGAUAGUUGCUUUGUGCGGUUCUCAGUGAGCAAUAAUAGUGCAUAAUCGUCAAGAAUAUCUUAGUACUUGACUUAGUUAUGUGGUGGCGAUAAAUGGUGAUAGCUUCGGAAUAAUUAAGGUGGAAAUUAAACAAUUUUUGCGGUGCUGUGGUUAAAUAUUUUAUUUAGAUUUUACCGAUACCCGGGACAGUUGAUAGUUUUAAAAAAGUUAAAUUAAUUGCCGAAGUGAACACAUCACCCAAUUAGGAUGGAAAUCUCUAAGAACAUUUUGCUCUGCAUACUUCACACAAGUCUUUUAGCUCUUGUGGGUGGUUCGGGUCCUUAUGUGACAGAAAAGCCUCCCUAUAUGAUGUCAUGUCAAAUUAAAGAUCCAGAAUUUACCAAAUGUUCCACACAAAGUAUACAGAAGGUUAUGGACGCCAUCAACGAAAAUAAUGGUCUCCCUGGACUGGAUAGCUUACCUCCGCUCGACCCAUUGUACGUGAAUAGGAUACGAGUGGAUCAAAGUGGCACACAAGCCAUAAACCUUAAGGUUGAACUUUCAAAAGUUGUUAUUGGUGGAUUUAAAAAGAUAAAGAUAGUAGAAAGCCGAGUAUUCCCCAAGGAUUAUCACUGGGAGACAAAAAUCUUCCUCCCGAAAAUGACAAUCGCAGGCGCUUAUGCUUUGAAGGGAAGAAUUUUGCUGAUCAAUAUGAACGGUCGUGGGAACAUGACCUUGGGAAUUGAUAAUAUCAAAAUCGAUCUGUACACCACAGUUCGAUUGUAUGAGAAGGGUGGCUUCACUUUCUACAAUGUAACCUCGACAAGUGCAAAAUACAAGAUCGAUAAAUUGUCGGCUCGAUUCGACAAUUUGUUCAAUGGGAACAAACAAUUAGAGGAGAGCACGAAUGCAUUCUUCAACCAAAACUGGGAAACGCUCAACGAAGCGCUGCAACCUAUUAUCCAGUCAACCAUCUCAGAGAUUCUUCUGAAGUAUCUGCGGGCAAUAUUCCACUACAUUCCAGCAAAUUAUUUCGUAAGCGAUAUUCCAACAUCGACGGAGCUGUAUGGAAAUUAAAAUUAGUCUAGUAGCACCUAGUUAUGUAACUCCUUGUUAAUGUGAUUUGAACAGUACUUAAUUGUUGGUAAUAAAAAGUGUCUCCCUUUCUGGAGGAAAAAGUUAACAAUACGAA